CAGGGGGAAGACACUCACACCUGUGAACACUCAACUCCUCUCACCACUUCAACCCCACUCAGCCCCACACACCACCAUGACCGGCUCCUGCUGCGGCCCCACCUUCUCCUCCCUCAGCUGUGGCGGAGGCUGCCUCCAGCCCUGCUGCUACCGCGACCCCUGCUGCUGCCGCCCAGUGUCCUGCCAGACCACCGUGAGCCGCCCCGUGACCUGCGUGCCCCGCUGCACGCGCCCCAUCUGCGAGCCCUGCCGCCGCCCAGUCUGCUGCGACCCCUGCAGCCUGCAGGAGGGCUGCUGCCGCCCCAUCACCUGCUGCCCCACGUCCUGCCAGGCCGUGGUCUGCCGCCCCUGCUGCUGGGCCACCACGUGCUGCCAGCCCAUCUCUGUGCAGUCCCCCUGCUGCCGCCCCACCUGCUGCCGGCCCGCCCCCUGCCGCACCACCUGCCGCACCUGCAGGACCUCCCCCUGCUGCUGAGACCCCACUUUCUUAUAAAGCAACAUCCUGGAGCCUAAGCAUCCACUCUGCAUUUUAAUUACGUUGAAAGAAAAAUAGACAUUCUUUCAUAAGGUGACAAUAGUCAUUUUUAUGUUUUACCAUUUGGAUAUAUAAGCAGAUGUCCAGUCAAAUUUGCAGCUGUCAAUCCCAGGGACGGGGGAGCCUGGUGGGCUGCCAUCUAUGGGGUCGCACAGAGUCGGACACGACUGAAGUGACUUAGCAGCAGUAGCAGCCAUCAGCAGAAGUCACAAUUGAUGCUAAAUCCAUCUUUAAAAGUCCCCAGAGUGGGUGUUACAAACUCAUUCUGAAUUCCAGAGGCUGCUCAAACUCUCCCCUCCAUCUUUUGUAAUGUGUUGCCUGCUUAUUUUUCAAUAAACUAAUUUUUUCCUGUAA